GGCGACGGCAUUAGUGUCACGCGUGUCUUCAACGGAAAGGGGUCGUCACGCUCUGGCCGUCCAGAGCAAACCGGACACAACACAUGUGUUUAGUGUAAUGAAUUUUGUUAAGCUGGUGUUCUACUUAUUAAAUUUGUUUCGAUUCUAAUUGUUUAUGUCAAAUGAUUGUUUCGCAAUACGUUAAGUUUUGGAGGAAAGUACACGAACUAACAUGUUAAUUUGCUAGUAUACUUUAGUUUUCCAAUUUUAGAAAACGUUCUGAAGUGGAAGAAACAGACGGAAUUUUCUCGUGAUACUUCGAGUUACUGCAUGAGACUGGCCAACUGCGUCGAGGGUAGCAGUGAAUGUGAAGGUCACCAGAAUAAGUUCCUGAUGAAGUUGGUAAUAUUUGCCCUCUCUCAUAGUGUUCGGCCCUUCUCUCAGGAUGUCGCUUAGGAUUGCCCGGGUGUCAGUCAGACUGAGGCAUAUCAUCAAAGUAGCAGUGUGUUAUGAGCCUGGUGUUGCCUACCAGUAAAGCAGCAGUGUAGUAUGAGUUAAGUGUGGCAUGACAGCCAGGAAAUCAGUGAUGUCAUGUGAGCUGACUAAGGCGGGCCAGCAAAGCAGUAGUGUCAUAUGAGUCAGCUGUGGCAUACCAGCAAAGCAGUCAAUAGUGCCAUAUGAGUCAGCUGAGGACUAUCAGCAAAGCAUUAGUGUCAUAUGAGUCAGCUGAGGCAUGUCAACAAGCACUGGUGAAGUAUGAGUAGCUGAGGACUAUCAGCAAAGCAAUGGUGUCAUAUGAGUCAGCUGAGGCAUAUUGGCAGAGCAGUCUUGUCAUAAACCAGCUGAGGCAUAUUAACAAAGCAGGGUUGUCAUAUGAACUGGCUGAAGCAUACCAGCAAAGCCGUUGUGUCGUAAGAACUGAUUAAAGCGUAUCAACAAAGCAGUGGUGUCGUAUAAGCCAACUGAAGCAUACCAACACAGCAGGAGUGUCGCAUGAACUAACUGAGGCAUAAUAGCAAAGCAUAAUAAGAUAAGUACUAAUUGAGGCAUACAUGCAAAGCAAGUAUUGUAUGAGCCAGUGGCAUACCAGCAAAACUUUAGUGUCGUAAGAGCCAUCUGUGGCAUUCUAGCAGAGCAGUAGUGUCGUGUAAGUCAACUGAGGCAUUCUAGCAAAGCAAGAGUGACGUUUGAACCGCACCAGUAAGCAGCAGGCAUAUGAGCCAACUGAGACAGGCAUACCAGCAAAGCAAUAGUGUUGUGUGAAGCAACUGAGGCAUCCCACAGAGCAGUAGUCAGUCGUAUGAGCCAACUGAGGCAUACCGACAAAGGAGUAUCGUCAUAUGAGCCAACAGAGGCAUACCAGCAAAGGAGUAGUGUCAUAUAAACCAUCUGGCAUACCAGCAAAGCAGCAGUGUGAGAUGAGUCAAUCCUACAAUCCCUACAUCUCAGUGGCCGUCGCCAUAUUCAGAUGGAUCAGAAGAUACGGCUCUCCGAAGAUGGUCCUGAAAUUGAAAUCGAGGAAGUUACCGGCCCUGUUGUUCACCGUCCUCGCCAGCUGCACAUUGAUCCACACGACAGGUCGAAUCUGGCACCCGACUGCUUACCUGUGGGCUUCCUUCCAGCCUUACCUGGUGCAGGUGACCUCCCCGGCAGGUCAGGGCCACGGCGGGCUGAAGGAUUCGUCAUCUGACGUGGAGUACGAUUAUUCGGAUGGGUCCUCUAAUCACGAAGUUAUUCCUAGGGCCAAGAAAUAUUCGGCGUACUGGCCAUCCCAACGAAACAGCCACCAUUGGUCUAGAAGAUUCGUCGAUGAUUCUCCGAUUCUGUACGUCCCCACUGAGAGAACUUUCCAGCCUUCCACCACCGAGGAGAGUUCUUUGUACGCGCCACUAGAGAAAUUAAAGAGCUUUCUGGGCCUACCAAAAUCAUUCGAGAGCCUUUUUGGUUCCUCUGUGAGCAAAGAAACGACACCCAGUCCAUUUCCAGAGUUCCAGAAGGUCAAUUAUUCAAAGGAGGAGCUGAAGGCUUUUCCUCCCGUCAGCAUCCCAAUGCAGGUCAGUGGUGAUGACGAAGACUACGCUUUCAGUAGUGUCAACGAAGACGUUGACACCGUCGACAUCAAACCGACUGCAAAGAACGUCACACCUUCAAAUGCUCGACUUCUGAUCUACAACAGAGUUCCUAAGUGCGGGUCGACUACUUUCAAUUCCAUUUUAGACAGGCAAGUUGAUUGCUCAGUCUGCAAUUACGAGGUUUUCCUUCGGUUACACCUUUCUAACCUUUCUACCUUCAAUUUUCCUUUCAGCGGUGAAUGGCCUCAUAGAUCCUGGCGCUUGGUCAUUGGCAAAAAUUUUAUAUUUCUUUCCUUCUCGCUCGACAGAAAGCAGCGAAGAACCAACGGGCCUCAAAGUCAGCUGGAAUUGACCCUAAAAUCUGAUUUCAGACUGUGUAAAAUAAACUUCUUGCGAUGUGAGCAUUCCACCAUUUACGACCAGCACUGGAUUGACACCGCCAGCAGGCGGAAGUUGCUGCAUCGCGCCAUGUACGGUCACAAGAUGAUUAGGUCUAAAAUCUUCGAGCGGCACAUUUAUUUUUUCAACGUCACAAGACUGGGCUUGCCGAGGGCGGCUUGGAUCAACCUGGUGAGAGAGCCCGUCUCUAGGUACAUAAGCAACUUCUAUUACAUAAGAAAAAGAUCCAGAUGGAACAGUACGAAACUACUCAAGAAACAAAAGUCUCCUCCGCCUUGGUGGUUUGACAUGAGUCUAGACGACUGCAUCGAGGUGGGACGACCAGAAUGCCACCCUUCCUCGUCACAGAUGAAUCUGCAGCUGACAUUCUUCUGCGGUCACCAUCCCGAAUGCAGAAAAGUAGGAAGUCGAUGGGCCCUCUACAGAGCUAAAAGACAUGCGGAGCAGUACUAUAGUGUGGUAGGAAUUCUCGAGGAAUUUACUCUUUCUCUGUCUGUUCUCGAAGGAUAUCUCCCGAGAUACUUUGGUAACGUCCACAAUAUACGACUCAGCUCAGGUGAGGUGAAGCUCAACACCAAUAAUUCUCCGUCCUCGACGAAGCGUGUAUCUGCAGCCACUCUAGAGACCCUCCAAAGCCUCCUGAAGGAAGACCUCGAGUUCUAUGAAUUCCUCCGGCAGCGCCUUCACCUCCAAGCCAUGGCUCUCGGCAUCUUGACCACCUGACCUAAUGAUUAGCUGCUGUGAUUUCAGCUUAGUGUAAAAAAUGCGCAACUUUUUUUUUUCGUCAAAAGGGAAAAAUUCUUUAUCUUUGCAUGGUAACUCGUUCAGAUAGAAUGUCUACCUCGUGAUAUCCUGAGCCUUCAUCUGUUGUUAUCAUAAAUGUUAUUUUAAGGAUGCGUUCACACUGCAGUAAAACAUGUUAUAAAAAAGCUUAGAUAACAUCGCACAAACAUCCCAAACAGGUUAAAUACAAAACGACGACUUACUGGUAAUCGUAACUAGUGCUUCUAUAUACUAGUCUAGGGGCUGGGGGAGGGCGGUCUGUGUGCAUGAGAGGCAGAGAGUUACUCUUCAGAUUUGAUAAAUUCAAGGUAGACUUCUGGGAAGGUGGGCCUUCUCUUGUAAUAGCCGUUUGAAAAUGACGCAUUUGCAUGAAAUUUUCUGCAGAAUCGCGUCUGAUGAAAAUUGAGUUUCCCUGUACCUCAUGUUCUAAUUUACCUAAAAUGAUGGUCCCACUGUCCAGAAAUAUAAUUUUGGGUCCAAGACAUUCAUUUAUAUCAUUAAAAAAUCAGAUAAACCAAUUCCAAGGGCUCAUUUCUGGUAUUCAAAGUCUUGCCGAAUCACAUUUCUAUGGUGAUUUACGCUCUAUGCCUAGUGUUCUGUGUGGAAUUUUAUAUUUGUGCUGUAAGAUUUCAAGUGAUUUACACUUUAAUUAGAAAACAAAGUCCCAGUCUAUCACGUGGACUGUAAUGAAAGAUCAGGCAAACACUUGUACAAUUUUCUUUGAACAUGAUAUACGUAACUCUCCCACUCAUCAUGCACACAGACACUCUCCCCCCCCCCCCUCAAACCUCCAGUCCCCAGACUAUAACGCUUUCCACUGGUUUGUGACAGCACGUGUUAAGUUUCCGACGUGCGUUGUUGACAUUUUGUACUGUAGCGUGAUGGUGAUGUGAAAGGGACCACUUAUAGAAUACUUAAGGAGAGUUCGGGAAUGGUCUUUUGGGAGCCGUUUUCUUUCAUUUCUUUGACUAAUGUCUGAUAUCGUUUACAGCUUUGCCGCUUGAUGUUGAUGAACAAAUUCUGUGUCUUUGCCCAGAAUUUGUUCAUCAACAUCUGAAUAACUGGGGAAGGAAAAGUUUGUGUAAGUCUGGACUUACUUCAAGCCAUCAAAGGGAAUUUUGUGCAUUUUCAUUUGGUGAGAACUUGAAAGCUCGUUAGAGUAGCUACUUAUAUUACCAUUAUUUUUAUUUCACAAGUUGUUUCAAAAAGCGCAUUUUUAUGAAUAUAGAGCUGUUGAAAAUGGUGA